GGAACGCCUGUGUUCAUCUUGUCUUGAUCAGCCAUCGCCCGAUCGUCGCAUCGUCGCAUCGUCGCCCAUAUCCCGUCGACCUCUCCUGUCGCAAGCCAGAUGUACGCCUCGAUCGAAUACCGCAAGCUCGGCAACGCCGCAUUCCAGUCCAAGGACUACACAAAGGCUCUCUCCUGCUACAACACCGCUCUGAGCCUCGAUGCCUCAGACUAUCUCUCCCUCUCAAACAUGUCCCUAUGCCAGUCCAAGCUAGGCCUGCACCCACACGCCUACGAGACGGCAAUCCACUGCCUGAAUCUUGCACCGGCCUCGUACGCCAAGGGCUGGGCCAGAGUUGCAUACUCCAUGUUCAUGCUCGGGUUUGCCCGCGAAGCCUUGAUCGUUGCCGCUGCAGGCCUCAGCGCCUGCCCAGGCAACUCCAUGCUGACUGAGCUCUCGAAGGAGAUCAUCUCGGUCCAGUCGGUUAUUCCGCCUGCAGAAAACCUCAAAAGCUUCCUCCGUGCUUUGAAGCGAUACACCCUUGGAUGUCGGUAUAUCCCCGAGUCGCUCGCGGUCGAUGAUGUCGAUGCCCAGUUCGAUCAUUUUGCAGCCAAGGUUGCUCGCUUGAAGCUCACCGGCUCAUCCUACCUGACGAUCGUUGGCUUUCCAAGGCUCGGCAAGGCUCGCAUGGAUCUUGUUGAUGUGCUGAUUGACAAGUGCACCUCACACCCACCCGUAAAGUCGCCGUGGCUGGAUUUGAUUCUGGCUGAUGGAGAGGUGGCCGUCAUUCCCCUGAUCAUCAUGGCGCAUCCCGAGCGGUGGAUGAGCCAGUUCGACAGCCUGCAGCCGUCCAGCCGCCUGCGUGUUCCGAUCGAAAUCGAAUACCAGGAUCUCUUUCUCCAGCUCUUGAUCGUCCUGGUCAAAAACACGGCCCUAUCCAAACCCAUCGUCGACCGCAUCGUCGACAUGUGCAAGGACAUCCUCGACAACUCGCCGCACCCCAAAACUACCGAGCAUAGCCUGCUCUUUAUCCAAACUCAGAGCCGGAAUGCGCAUUUGAUCGAACUUGUGAAACUCUGCGAGCGACAAGAAGAGUGUCUGCCGGUCAUUCGAAGGGCCGUCAUGCGAGACAUGAUCGAUCUCAACAUGUUUGGUGACUGGCGGGCCAUCCUGCAGUACCUUGGCCUCUGGCUCGAUCAGCCGAUUGACCUGCCGCUGCAGAUCAAAACCUUUCAUCUCCGAGCUGGGAGGCUUCACUGGGAUCAGCUUCGCUUCGGCCAGGUCGUCGAGGGCGAGCUUGGCUAUGUGCAUCCCAAAUGCUCCAACUACAUGUGCACCGUCACUUCGACUCCUGCGGAGCCAUUUGAACUGCUAUGCGAGAUUUGCCUACUCCGCCACUGGUGCUCGACGGAAUGCAAGGAUCUGGAUUGCAGUGACCACCAAGCAGUCUGCAGCGCCGCGCCCGAAAUCAUGCGUGACAGCAUGCUCAAGGCCCUCAGCAACGAGUCCUACCGCGCCAAUCCAAACCCUGAGCUGGCCAUGUGCUGCAACUGCGAGGAAUACGAAGUCGAGCCGAACCAAUUCCUGAAGUGCGAGCGUUGCCCGUCUCUGUACUGUAGCGAGUUUUGCCGCGAUUACGAUGCAACUGAGGGCAGCCACGGAUCUGUGUGUCCCGCACCCGAGACGGAUGGAUAGUCGAUCCCCGCACCCUGGUGUCCCUAAAGGAGCCUUCCCAACGAAUAGGUUGCGGGCAAAGUCCAGUAGCGACUAUACAGGCUGAUAUUAUGCGGUUUGCAACGCGAUUGUUCGGCAA